UUUGGUUCAAACCAAACCCAAUUCCACAAACUUUACUGCAUUUUUCGCACAUCACUGCCUCUCUCCCUCCACUCGCAACUCGCAACUCUCUCGUUCUCUCUGCGGGUUUGCUUCUGAUUUCUAACAGGAGGACAAAUCGAUUCGAAACCCUAGAAUCUAGAAAUUCUUAGACCGGCGGUCAUAUUUGGCUCUCUACUGUAUAAAGACCAAAUAAUUUUUUAUUGAAUAAACGUCCCUUCCGGCCUCUCUCUUUCCCUCGAAACUUUGUUUACCAACCGAGCUUCCUUCUUCUCUCCACAGGCAUCCGUCCUACUCUCCCUCCACUCUUCACCAUUUUCGUGUCCAGAAACCUGUUGAAGGGUUACCCUCAUCUGUGAGUAUUUCUCUCAUCGUCCCAGAGUUCGAUGAAGCUAACAAAGCAUCCUCAAAAUAAUUUCGAGGCCCUGGCAUGAUUGAAGGCUUGAAGGUUUUGAUUUUAUUGAGGUGAAUUGAGUUGUCAAGGUGUCACAGUCAGAGUUUUCUAACCCUACACCAUGGCAAAGGUUGCUGCACCUGGUUCUUUAACUUCUAGUUCUCUUCCAAUUGGUGGAGCUCUGAAGGUUGGUGCGACGGUUAAAAGGAAGACUCCAUCAGAACUGAGAGGAGAGCAAUUGAAGCAGGCGAAUGCUAAAGAGCUUGUAGAUGAAUCUCCACCCCCUUUGCUCAGUACUUCAAACGAUACUAAUGAAGUGGAUCAUGGGCACAAGAAGCCUGAACAAUCAAGGAACCUAAGAUACAUUGACACCCGUAUGGAUGAAGUAUUUCCUGUUAAAAAAUCCAGGUUUAGAAUGCUUUCUGGAAAAGAAAAUGCAAAGGAAAAUAAUUCAAUUGAGCCAAUUAGCAGCCUCAAGAAUAUAUCUCUGCUUUCAAGCUUGGCUGCCAAGAGACGGCAUCAGCUUUCAUGUCCAGAAAGUUUUGCUUCUGCUGAAGAUGCCGAAGAUGGUGUGGCACAAGCCUUUCAAACGAUUGGAAAGUGUAGUCAAAGUAUAUUCCGUAGUGUUAGCGAGCUCUCAUCAGGUGGUGAUAGAUCAUCUGACUUGGCAACAGUUGAUAUGGAUAAAGCAUUAAAAGGACUGGCUGUCUGUGACCCUCCUGCCAUUUCUGGUUUACCUCGUGAUUCUUCCAAAAGACAUGGGGAUCCUACAACUUAUUCAGGCAAUUUCUGCUCUGAAUGCCAUAUACCUGGUGCAAAGGCUCCUUUAGAUUUUACACUGAAAACUCAUGUGCGGCUGGUGUCCUCUUACCCAGUGAACCGAAUUCACAGGUCAAUAAUGUCAAGUACAAUGCCACAGCUCCCAUUCCAAUUUGGUCAUUUUGAGGGUCAGAACAACAGCCAUAGCUCGGUGCACACAUCCACUUCGCAUGCCUUAAAUUCUAAAGUAAUGCAUUCUUGGGUUUAUCCUCAAUCUACCUUACCACCUUCUCUCAUCUCAGUGUUGACCUCGUCAGUGGCAGAUGGAGUGGAAAUGGAUUUUCUAAAUAAACGACAGCUUGCAUGGGAAGACUCUUUUCGUAGUCUUUACUACAUGCUUCGGAAUAAUUUUUGUAAUCUCUUUUAUGUCUGUACUUCACACUUUGUGGUGAUGUUCAAUGGUGGUGAUGGCUUGAGGAUGACCAAGUGCUCAUGCAGUGCUUAUAUCUCCCGUUCAACCAAAGGUUUGAGAUCAUUGUUGAGAGAACAUGAUGUUUGUUUCUCUAUGCCUCUUUGCCAUUCCGAAGUAGAGCAAGCGACUACCGAAGAUCUGGUUGAGCUCUCAGAGAUUGUGAAGCAUAAUUUGGGCCAGACUCGGCGCUUGAGUUCCUCGUCUGACAUCGAUAAUAGCUCACAAUCUUUGCUGGUUUUCAGUGGCAAUAAGAGCGUACAUGGUUUAUAUGAUUUCUUGUUAAAUUAUAGAUCUUUCUUGACCUUCUUAGCUGGUAUGGAUGUUCCUUUAUUGUGUUCACCUGUACCAUUUCAGAAUGCUGCUCUAUCUACUCCAGAGGUAAAGUGCAUGGAGUGGAAAAGAGCAGAUCAUCCUAAAGAAUCCAGUGAUGGUGGUGAACAUGUGCUCGGUUCAUCUGCUGGCCUCUGCUAUAGCAUUGAAAUCAAGGAUGCAUAUCUUCCACCAUGGAUUAUAUGUAGUAUGUGUGCAGUAAUGGGUUCUGAAGGGAGAAGCUUCGAGGCAAGUUUUAUAACGGAACCUACCUCAGUUGGGUUGAAUGUAGCUCUUGGUGCAGCUUGUAAGAAAUCUGAUUCUCAAGCUGCAGAGGGUGAGGGCUUGCAAGAAAGCAGCUAUGAUUUUGGUAUUCCAGGCGCCGUCAUUACUCCGUACUUGUGCUCAGGUUUAUUAAAAGGCUUGAAGUACUCUGAUGGUUCUUAUACAGCUUCACUUUCUCCUCUAUGACAUUCUGCUUUCAGGAUCUUUGCCAGAUACAGCAAUAUCCUGUCUUCACUUAUAGUUGCUUGAUUUAUGGUCCUUUUAACCCCUGAUUUUUCUCCUUUUCUUUUUUUACGUUGCAAUCCAUAUCACUAACAAUGUAACAUUGUUGAUUAUUGCAUUUGUAAAACUCGGUUAACUAUCUUUUAAUAUUUCACCAUUUUGAUGAAGUGAAAUUGGCCUGUGCUUCAGCUAAUGAGGCCUUACCUUGUACUACGAAUAUUGAUAUUUAUAUACAAUGGCGCGUUUGCUGAUUUAA